CUCUUGUCCGUCACUGAAACUCGCGGUGAGCAGAACCGAGUCGAUCGCCGUAUUUAUUUUUGUCUGGCUAUCGAUCGGGAUAAACAAUAAACCUUUGCAACGAAGAGAUCUUUUUGCAGCCUUAAUUAUUGUUUUCCUAUUUGCUCUACCCUGUCAGUGGCUGUUAAAAUAAGCUGUGCAGUCCGAAAGGAGUUGUUUUGGGAGUUUGUGGUAACUAUUAGGUUUGCAGAUGGCAGAUUGUGUGAGUAAGGUGGAGCUAAGCAUUUCCUGUGAAAAUCUACUUGAUAAAGAUGUUUUCUCUAAGUCUGAUCCACUCUGUGCACUCCUGUUAAAUACUGGUGGAAAUCAGUGGGUUGAGAUUGGUCGUACAGAAAUGGUUAAGAAUUGCCUCGAUCCAAAAUUUUCUAAGAAAUUUCUGAUUGAUUAUUAUUUUGAACAAGUCCAGAAGUUGAAAUUUGGAGUCUAUGAUAUUGAUAAUGAAACUUUUGAUCUGGGUGAUGAUGACUUUCUGGGAGAAUUUGAAUGCACCUUGGGUCAGAUUGUCUCCAGCAAGAAAUUGACCAGACCUCUAAUGCUGCAGAAUGGGAAAACGGCAGGAAAAGGAACAAUCACGAUUUUUGCAGAAGAAGUAAAAGAUAACCGCGUGGUUAACUUUGAAGUUCAAGCUCGUAAACUAGAUAAAAAGGACUUUUGGGGAAAAUCAGAUCCUUACCUCGAAUUCUGUAAACAGACAUCUGAUGGAAAAUGGCAAAUGGUGCAUAGGACAGAGGUUAUAAAACGAAAUUUAAAUCCCGCUUGGAAACCAUAUAAAAUUCCCUUGCAGUCACUUUGUAACAGUGACUUAAUGAAGCCAAUCAAGGUAACUUGCUACGAUUAUGACAAUGAUGGGUCACAUGAUCUAAUAGGUACAUUUGAGACCAACAUGGAGACACUGCAGUUUGCAUCACAUAGUUCACCAGUCGAAUUUGAGUGUAUUAAUCCAAAGAAGAAACAGAAAAAGAGAAAUUACAAGAAUUCAGGAAUAGUGAGCUUUAAAUUGUGCCAGAUUGUGAAAGAAUAUUCUUUCUUGGAUUACAUCAUGGGUGGCUGUCAGAUGAACUUCAUUGUUGGCAUUGAUUUCACAGGCUCAAAUGGAGACCCUCGUAAACCUGACUCUCUGCAUUACAUUAGUCCUAAUGGCUUUAAUGAAUACCUUAUGGCAAUCUGGUCUGUUGGGAUGAUCAUUCAAGACUAUGAUACAGACAAAUUGUUCCCUGCAUUUGGAUUUGGAGCUCAGAUACCUCCUAACUGGCAGGUAUCGCAUGAAUUUCCACUCAAUUUUAACCCUACAAAUCCAUUCUGUGCAGGAGUGCAGGGGAUUAUUGAUGCCUACCGAAAUUGUCUGCCUCAAGUGAAGUUACAUGGGCCAACAAACUUCUCUCCGAUUAUAAACCAUGUGGCAAGAUUUGCAGCAGCAGCAGCACAGCAGCCAAUUGCAUCGCAAUACUUCAUCCUGCUGAUCAUCACAGAUGGAGUGAUAACUGAUUUAGACGAUACACGACAGGCCAUCGUUAAUGCUGCUAAGUUGCCAAUGUCCAUUAUCAUUGUUGGUGUUGGCGGAGCAGAUUUCAGUGCCAUGGAGUUUCUGGAUGGUGACGAAUGUGUUCUAAAAUCACCUACUGGAGAAAUAGCCAUCCGUGACAUUGUCCAGUUUGUGCCUUUUAGGAAGUUCCAUAAUGCAACAAAAGAAGCUCUUGCACAGAGUGUCCUUGCUGAAUUACCUCAGCAAGUGGUGUGUUACUUCAACACACGCAAGCUUCGUCCUCCAAAUGAGCCAAAUCCUUAACUGUUCUAAAUUCAUAGCUAAAUGUUUAUAAUGCAUUACGCCAAAAAACAUUUUCUUUAAAUAUCAUCAGUAACACAUGUAUUAACAUUCAGUGUAUUGUAUGUUACAUCUGUAAUUUUUCAUAGUUUUAUGAGUUAAAAUAUUUUGUUGCAUUAUAAAUAUUUUGUAUGAACUUAUAAACUAUCUUUUUUUACAAGUGGGUGAGGUCAAAUCAUUGUAUUAUAUUUACCAUUGCUAUCUGUAAAAUUGUUCAUUUGCCUUUGGUAACAUAUUUAGAAAUUCUUAAAGAAGCAAUCUUUCAUUAGUCUUUAAUAUAUUCUAUAGUUUUUUUAUACUAUUGUUAUAAUUCAUCUUUUGAAUUUUAAGUUUAUAUGCCUGUAUCUGGCACCAAUGUAAACAACAGUUUCAAUUGUUUGAUUAUGGAAUGAAAAUGAUUUGCAUAUUAUAACACUGUAUAAGUACAUCGUACUAUGUCUUAUGGAGUAAUUUAACUUGAAUUCUAAAAGACUUAGUGAUUAUACUGUAAAUUUAUCCAAUUCAUGAUGUAUAUUACCAUUUUUAAAAAGUGGUUACGUAAUGAUUAGAAGCCUUGGCUGUAUUGAUUAACUUUUUGCAAUAUUUAUUUUUCCUAAUUUUACCUUUCAAGUUUUUUUCUGUUUUAUCAGUUAGAGAAAAUUCCAGAAAAAUAGUGAAUUUCAAAGAACCUUUCAAACAGAUUUUUUAAAAACAUGCAGGAUGUUUAACAAACAGGUGAAAAUUGAAUUGUUACAGCUGAAGUGUUGGGAUUGAUUUUUCCAGGGGUUGGGCAGUGCAGGCACAUUCUUCCCAGGCAAUUCUCAAAUUUAGUAUCAAUGGGCAGAAAUAGGAAUUUGAAAGGGUGGGAAGUUCAAGGAUUCUUUUAUGGCCUGGGAAUGCUUAGCUCUUUCUAGCCCACAUUUGAAGAAUGAAAGUCCCUUUCGUUUGGUAAUAUUUGUGAUGCAGGUGAUGUCAUGGAACCUUAGCUUGCAAUAUCUUCAAUAUAUUAUUUUCAAUUCUGUUGCAAGAAAUGCAGAUGGACUGAAUCAAUGUUGUAGAAUAUUACUGCUAUAGGAAUAUAGCUAAUCGUUUGCAGGCUUCCAGGUAUUGAAAUUGUGUCUCAUUGCCUGACACUGUCUGGUGAAAGGCCAUUAAACUUGAUGCCAACCUUACACUGUGUAUUCCCAACAUUUGCCAUUGUAGAAUUGUGUAUAUUUGUAAAUGUUACUCAUUCAUUAUUUCAUCAGAUUCUCAUAUUUAAUAAGUAUUGCCUGUCAGAAUUGCUGGAAUUUAUUCUUGUCAUCUCAUUACUGCCUCCAAUUAAUACACUCUGGUAAUGUAUGAUAAUGCAUUGUUUUAUAGAAAAUAUUAGAUCUUAGUCACUUAGUUUUCUUGACCUGUAAAAGUUAAUGGACAGCACUGUUAAACAAUUUAUUAAGCUACUUCAAUAAACUUGUACAAUUCAUUUAGUA